CACCACUCAACUCAACCCCCACCAUGCCUCCAGCACCAAAGGUCGCCCGUGCCGGCAAGCAAUCCACAUUGCAAUCAGCGACCUCACCGCCAGUACCCAUCGCCACCGAAAUUACAGAAGACACCCCGCUGUUCGGUCCCGGCCCUUCAGGUACGAAUUAUUCCGACUCAGAGGACAACGAGACAACUACCACAUGCAAAGCUCCGGCACCCCCGAGGCUCAAUGUCGACAUCAGCGAUGACGCCAGCGACUCCGAGCCAGCCUCACCCAGCGAGGACGACGACGACUACGAAUCCGACGAGGAUCCCGUAGUCCGCGAGUAUGACAUCUUCAUGACCGAGGAACUCGCUGAGAGCCUAUAUCUAUUCCAGUACCCGGUGCGCUCAAAGACGAAGCCGUACAACAAGGCGCAGAGCUCGUGUCCCGUCGACGCGAGGUGGAAACCGAAGGCAGGACUGGUGGAAGUUGAUGUGCCCGUUAAUACCGCGAUCAACUUCGAUCAAGAAAAGGGCAGGAUCUGGGGUGAUGUGCUGAGGAAGAAUCAACAGGCGAAGGAGAGCGGGUUGCCAGGGAAGGCGAUCGGUCCGAGGGCGGGGAAGAGGAGGAAGGUUAAGGGAGAGGAUGAUGAUGAGGAAGAGGACGAUAUUAUGUUCGUGGACUUCCAGGAGGCGGUCAAGAAGGGGAGGAUAUUGAGUAAACAGACACUGGGAAGUAAGAUACAGGCCGAUGAAGCCAAGUAUAUGGUUGGGGUCUUUACGGGCGACCAACUACACGUCACUCCGGUUCGCUCCACCCUUCAACUACGACCUCAGUUCUAUCACGUCGACGCGCAACAUGCUGCAGAGAGGGCGCAAAGCAGGUCUCUCCGCGACGCCGAGGAGCCUGAGAAACCAGCGCAGGCCCGCGCGGUGCACAUGACAGUCAACCAGGAAGUGUCCCAGAUGAGCUCGACUAUGAAGGCAUUGCGUCUCGCCGAAGAGGAGGAAUGGAAGAAGCUGCACUGGAUAGAUCAAGACGAGGAUGCAGCAUGGGACCAGUACGAGAUGCUCUGCCUCAAGGAUCCUGAGCUCGCGAAGAAGCUGAAGUGCAGUACUUCGAAGAGCGAGUAUAUGGAUUGGCUCAGCGGCGCCAUGCAGAGGAAGGGUCUGACUAGUAAAUGAAGAGGGUUUACUUCUCGGCGGGGAAAAGUUUCUAGGAACGGAGUUUACGGUGCAUUAUAUUAAUGGGCUGAAUAUCGCUUUUUUUUUUGCUAUGAUGCAGAGAGGCCUCGAAGCUUUCUUAUGGGGGCAAGAAUAGAUUUUUAGAAUUGAACAAACCAAAGACUUU